GAAAGGUAGUAAGAUCCCCCAAAGUAAAGUGGGUUUGUCUACCUUGUUUUCUUUGGGAGAAGACCAACUGUAGUUGACCUUUUCUCAUUUCAGCUUGAUUUCCUUAUCUUCAUCAACAGAGGAUAGGGGGAAAUAUCAAAGAAGCUGAGCUCUUUCCUGAGAAAUAGAUUACUUUCGCAUCGGGUGUGAAUGAAGAAUUUGAGAAGGUCAUGGAGAACAGUAUACCAACGAUCCAAGCAGUACUGCAGGAUGUGGAGAUGAGGCAAGUGAAGGAAGGAACUGUGAGAUUCUGGUUGAAAAUGCUCAAAGAUGUAGCUUAUGGUGUGAAGGAUGAGAUUUCAGCUGAAACCAUGCCAGAGAGGAUAGAAGCCCCAAGGGGGAUGAUGACAAAGAGAUUGAGCAUUCCAAGGGGGAUAUGUCAGUUGACUAACCUUCAUAUAUUAACUUCUUUUACAAUUGGAGAGGAUGCUAGUGGAGCUGGUAUGAAGAACUUGGGAAACUGCAGCAACUUGGAGGAAGUUUGAAGCUAUUUUGAUGCAGAUUUGGUCAAUAGAUGGGGCUGUUAUAUAGGCCAAAACCUGGUCCAUUGUAUAGGUUUUUUCAUCUACGAGUUUAAUUCUCUCAUUAAUAUUUAUAUGAAUAAAUUCUGUUGAAGUAAUACUAAAUUUAAGAAACAAUCUAUUCAAAGCCUCGGACUUAUCCAGGAUCUUAAUGUAAAAGUUCAUAAGGUGAUUAAAAGUGAAUUUAAAGCUUCAUAAAAUAUCA